AUGUCUUCCCCACCAGAGCAGAGCCGAUACUCCAAUGGCUCCUUACUUCGAUCAUCUACAACAGGGGCGGCCAUACGGCGCGGGGAGAUAAAGAUCUCUGAUCCCAUACCCCACGACCAGGACGCUUCUACUUCCUACAGACCGAAUAGCGACUGGCCGAUCAAGACAUCGACUGCCGACACGCAAAGGGGCCGACACUACAGUACUGGCAACCUUGGUCCAGGUGACGCUGGUCGCGCCUCAAUGGGUCCUUCGUUCAUGGCCAGCUCAAUGUCCAGUGUACCUUCCAAGGAGUCGAUCAACCAAAGGAAGAAUACUGGGUUCCGGGCGACGCUAAGGCGCAUGUUUGGUAGCAAACGAGGGCGGCCCAGCGUCGAGCAGGACCGAGGGCCCUACCAUCGCAGUGACCCCGGAAAUUUGACAGCGAUCGCGGAAGGCCCGAGGACUCCUGUGGUCACACGAAUUCCAUCUCAGCCGACCGGCAGUGUCAUACGGGAAAGUGCCCUAGGUUCCCAUGGCUUCAAUCAAAAUUACAACCCGGCUGGGGACGAGGAUGAACAACACAGGCCGUCACCACCAAUACAACAUCGUCGUCGGAAUACACUGCCUAGCCUUGUCAUUACCGAUGAGAUGGCGCAAAUACUAGCCGAGCCAAAAGACAAUGAUCUUAUUGCUCGAUCACGGCAACGGCAGGAGCUCGACCUGCGACACUACAAACGUCGAUCGAGAAGUGCAGAUGCUCUCAACAAGAUGAUUUCAGAGAUCAGGUUUCGCAACGCAGGCGUUCGAGACCGAGAGUCAGAUAUCGCAUUUUGGAGGCAGAGUGUUGUCGACAACCCCUUACCAACAAACCAGUCCUACCAGGAGGAUCAACGAGAUGAUGUGACACAAUCGACGAUGUCGGAAACGGAGCCAUCAACCAAAAUAACGACACUUCAGACGUUCGAUUUCGGGCUGAACGAGCGGGAAGGCAAGGAUGCGACACUCGAAGAUCGAGUGAACACGCUCGAGGUGAAGAUGAUUGACUUUGAGUAUGCCAUCGAGAAAUUGCAGGGCAGGGAUGUCAAAUCAGCGCCUCCACCUAAGAUGCCACUCAAGCGGAGAUCAAUACACGAUUUGUUCCCGGAGACAGACUCUGGCAUGUCAUCGUCGAGUCUCGAGCCAACAUCAUUUCUGAGCUCACCAGACCACUCGCCUGUGCCCGAGUCAGAGAACGAGCAGGCAUACGUGCCUGAUCGCACAAGCAAGGCAACAACGAUCCGUCCACUCACAGCACAUCGCCGCUCGGGCGGCUCGCCGCCUUCGCCAGUGCGCAUCACAGUCGAUCAAUUCGACAAGCUGAUGGAAAUUCUCCGACGAGAACAAAACUCCCGGAGACAGCUCGAAGCACAGGUCAACGACCUCCAGAAAGAGCUCGAAGCUCUCAGACAACCUAUCUAUGCCGAAAUCCGGCAAGUCGGCUAUCCAAUAACGCCGAACCAACCCGGUACACACGAUACACCCAACACGCAAAGGACGCUCCGAAGGUCACCACCAUUCCCGAACAAGGAGAAUCAGCAACCCGAGCAGUCACGAUUCAGCAUGAGCGAUGUCGAAUCCGACUACUACGACGAAGUCUACGAGACACCGCAAGACACGAAGUUCACAUUCGAACAAGCACAUCAGCAACGGUCGUCGCCAUUGAUUGGCGUAAAUUGA